AUGACAUACUCGACCGUGAUUUUGAUCGCAAAGUUGAACGUUCGAAGGGCCACCAGUCGCAUCGGGAGCUGUCACUAUGAUCGAGGCCUCAAGCUUCAAUCCUUCUGGCAGUUCUCAUUGCCGCCAUCUUUUACAUAUUUUCGACUGCUGGAGCGUCGAUUCAAUUGGGGGAUGAUACUGAACGUCGCAGUUGUGUCCUGCUGUCAGCGUCUCCCAUUUUACGUGAUCAGUGUCACCACGCCGCUCCUGCUAUGUCUUUGGCACACAUGGUCAUUUGACCAUGACGGUCCCGAAGAUAGCUGGAAGAAAUUCACAGUACAGCUAGCUGACGUGUCCAUUCAGGCCGUCAUGGCGCGGCUAUGGUUUGCACUGGAUUGGUCGUGGACCACUAUUUCAAAUUCGCAUCCCUCAGCGUUUGAGCAUGCGCUUCUAUCCCGCUAG